AUGGGUAAUUUGAAGCCUAGUAACACCUGGACCUUCGACUAUAACCUCGACCUCGUCCGCAGGGCCGAAGCCCUCGGCUUCGAGCUCGCCUUCAGCCGCACGCAGUGGCUGCCUAAGGGCGGCUACGACGGCGAGGCCUCGCUCGACGCCUUCGUCGCCCUCGGCGCCAUGGCCGCCGUCACGCGCUCCAUCCUGCUCAUCUCCACGAUGCACGUGCUCUACGGCCCGCUGCACCCGCUGCACAUCGCAAAGUACGGCGCCACGCUCGACCACGUCGCCAAGGGCCGCUGGGGCAUCAACGUCGUGACGGGCCACCGCGCGGUCGAGCACGAGAUGUUUGGGCGCCAGCGCAUCGAGCACGACACGCGGUACGAGAUGGCCGGGGAGCUGUUUGACGUUGUGAACAGUCUGUGGGGCGAGACGGAGAAUCUGUCGUACAAGGGCAGGGUGUCGCCGUGGCAGCUGGAAAAUGCGUGGAUCACGCCCAAGCCGGAGUUUGGCAGGCCGAUUUUGAUCAACGCCACGGGGUCUCCUGCCGGGAUUGAGUUUGCGGCGCAGUAUUCUGAUCUGAUCUUCAUCACGUCGCCUGGGACAGCGAAUAUCGAGAGCGCAUUGGAGACGCUGCCGGCUCAUAUCGCGACGAUCAGAGAGGCUGUCAAGUCCAAAGGGCGCGAGGUUAAGAUCCUCAUCAACCCCAUCAUUGUAUCUCGAGAUACACCUGAAGAGUCAUGGGCGUACGCGCGGAGCAUUGCCGAGGGCACGAAGGUGCAGACUGGCACGAAGAAGUUCGGCACCGCGAACGGCAACUACGACAGUGAUGCUCACGCCUGGCGGGGACGCAAAGGUGAGCAGGAGAAGCAGGGUCUAAACAUUGGAGGAAACAUUGAGAUUAUCGGAUCCCCGGAGCAGGUUGUAGAACAGCUCGAGGCAUUGCACAAGAUUGGGAUUGACGGUGUUGUCGCGAAUUUCUACGACUUUGCACCAGAUUUAGGAUACUUUGGGCAGAAGAUAUUGCCCCUGGUGAAGAAGGCAGGAUUGCGGGUCGACUGA